UGCGCAUGAGCGGGGGAAGGCGGCGGAAGGGCCCGUGAGGAGCCGGGAGCCGCCGCCGCCGGAGGAAGCGCCGCCGCCGCCGCCGCCCUCAGUGUCCGCCCGAGCCGGGAGGGGAGAGGCCCGCACAGCCCCCACCAUGAACAAGUUGAAAUCAUCACAGAAGGAUAAAGUGCGUCAGUUUAUGGUCUUCACACAAUCUAGUGAAAAGACAGCAGUGAGUUGUCUGUCUCAAAAUGACUGGAAGUUAGAUGUUGCAACAGACAACUUUUUCCAAAAUCCUGAACUUUAUAUACGAGAGAGUGUUAAAGGAUCACUGGACAGAAAGAAGUUAGAACAACUGUAUAACAGAUACAAAGAUCCUCAAGAUGAAAAUAAGAUUGGUAUAGAUGGAAUACAGCAGUUCUGUGAUGACCUAGCUCUGGACCCAGCCAGCAUCACCGUACUCAUCAUCGCGUGGAAAUUCCGGGCUGCAACACAGUGUGAAUUUUCAAAGCUGGAAUUCAUGGACGGAAUGACUGAGCUGGGAUGUGACAGCAUAGAAAAACUGAAGGCCCAGAUUCCUAAAAUGGAACAAGAAUUAAAAGAGCCAGGAAGAUUUAAGGAUUUUUAUCAAUUUACUUUCAACUUUGCAAAGAACCCAGGACAGAAAGGUUUAGUCUGGGUCUGGAAGUCUGAGCCUGAAGUCUGGAUGCUUACCAGCCAUUUUGGUGAUCAUAAAUACACAGUUCUAGGCAUGAAUUUACAACAGGGCAGAAUAAUUCUGGAAACCCUGGAGCAAAACAAUACUGGGAGAAGUACAGAGCUGCAAAAUUUAGAAAUGGCCAUUGCCUACUGGAAUUUAGUACUUAAUGGAAGAUUUAAAUUUCUAGACUUGUGGAACAAAUUUUUGUUGGAACAUCAUAAAAGAUCAAUUCCUAAGGAUACCUGGAACCUUCUUUUAGACUUUAGUACAAUGAUAGCAGAUGACAUGUCUAACUAUGAUGAGGAAGGGGCAUGGCCAGUCCUUAUUGAUGACUUUGUGGAAUUUGCACGCCCUCAAAUUGCUGGGACAAAAAGUACGACAGUGUAGCACUAAAGGACCCUUCUAGAGUGUACAUAGUCUGUACAAUACCUGAAAUGGAAAAUUGCACAGUCAAUUUCUGCUGGCUGGACUGAACUGAAGAUCAAUCCUCACAAUAUGGCUGAGGGUUGAGACAAACCUUUAAGGAUACAUCUUGGACCAUAUCAUAUUUCAUUCUUCUACUGGUGGUUUGGGCUUUUCUUCUAGUCUGGACCACUCUUGCCCGUUAAAAUUCCAACACUGUGGAUUUCAUCAUGGAUUUAUUUUUUGUUGGUGGAUCACCCUAGUUUCAUCUCCCAUAAGUCCUAGAAGCUUUAUUAUUAUUUUGAGGUUUCUGAUUUCACAUAAAGCACAACGCUGGUCAUCAUCAGACAACUGUUGUAUGGCAUCUGAAUUAUACAGAUCAACAUCAAAACAAUUUUUAAAAGAAUCCUUAAAUACACACUUGGGGCUAGUUGCAAAGACUGUACUGAUAGCACUUCCUGCAAGAGUGAUAUAUUUAAGUGUACUGGGUCCGAGUUUUUUCUUUUCUGGAAAAGUGCAGGUGUCGUCUGAGUUUGAGUCUCUGGUCACAGCAGUGACAGGAAUGACCCAGGAGCCCCAGGGCUGUUGAUUGGAGGUCUCUGGUACCUGGCUGAGGUUUGCUGGUGGCUCAGCUGCUCUGGGGACAGCUUGGGGACAACACAACUCGAGCACUUCCCCCCCUGGGCCGUGGCAGAGCCCGCAGUGGGCCGAGCUGUGUCCUCACAGAAGCCAGCGUUCUCUAGGUUACUCUCUAAGAUAUCAGAUUUCGUUACAGUUUUGAAAUGCUUAUCUGUCUGUCAAAGAGAGGUUUUUCAUUUCUGUGGAAAUCAAACACUUGAAUAUACUGAAUUUGUGUCUUAACUGUUUGCUACACAACACAGUAUUUUAAAUUGAGACAUGUGACUUUUAUGGCUGAGGUGUGACAAAGCAAAUGGCCCUGUUGUACAAGAGGCAGGUGAGGUUGAUGUGUAUCUGGGUUUUGAAAUCAUUAUCCUGGUAAGUUAAAUCUUCAUAACAUAGAGGUACUGCCAUUAUGGAUGACACCCUUUUUAAAAUUAUUUUGCUGAGUUUUCCUUAAAUUGACGUAUGACUGUGGUUGCCAAAUACAGAAAUUCAGUGUAAAGCUUUCCCAAACAAGCACAGAUCAGAUACAAACUACUACCCUGCCUUUGUUCAUUUAAAUUAUUUUGUUGAUCAUCACUACUUCUGUCUUGCUGCAUUUGACUAAAUCGCUUCAUUUGGAUCAAAGCAGGUUUUAUCAGAUGCAAUUCUUUGAUAAUACAAGAGCUCUUGAGCUGCUUUUAUGGUCUUUUACUCCUCACUGAGUUAUUUGGGAAGAAACCUGAUAAAUCCUGCUCUGGAAAACAAGCUGGAAAGAACGAGCUCCAGGAGAGGAGGCAGACCAUACUUACAAGUGAGAAGAUGGGGGUCUAAGUCCAUGCUCUAAAUAGUGCCCUGAUAAGGAAAGAAUUAUUCUUGAGAUGAGUCACUGGUACUUGCACUAGACUGCAGCACGAUUUUAUGCAGAUGCUAAAAGUAUUUUUUAAAAAAAUUUACCAUUAAACAGCUAAGAUUUUUAUUUGUACUCUGUACAGUUGACCUUAAGGCUGGCUUCCCUUACAGCAGUGCCCUUUUGGCAAACCCAGUUGUGCAUUUAUUCCAAAAAUACAGUUCCUCAAAAACAUUGCAGACUUUCUCCAGCUACUGGAAUUGGCUAUGCCAAAAAGUGUGUGUUUUGCUGCUUUUCAGUAUUUCCUUUCUCAGUUUUGUGUAAAUAAAAAUGGGGACUUGAAAUUAUGGGGUGGGUGGGGUGGAAAAAAAAAAGGCUCGACAAGGUUAUCUCUGCGUGCUGUUUUCUGUCUUGAGGGUUUUGGUACUGUUUCAGAUUGAUUAGUUCAAGUAUGCUGUGCUUGGAGAGGAGAACUGACUUUUCAUCCCAAUGCAGACUUGUCCCUCAAAAAAGUCUGGGAUUGGGCAAUGGCAAAAUGCCGUGGUGUUUUAGAGACUCUUCCUUUUGAAUGCAAGAUCUUUCCAACAAAAUAGUGUUGUCAUCAGUUUGGUACUACAUGCUUAUAAUUACUGUGUAAUUAUAAAGAAAUACAUAAAAACUUUGACUAAUUAUGUUGCAGAAAAGGGUUAUUUGUGCUAUCAUGGCAUCUUAAAAGUUUUUCAAAAUAACCGAAGUUGAAAGAAACAUUGAUUUAACAGGGUGUUGGUCUAAGGACAAAAUGCCUGGUUACAGGGAAUAUUUUGUACUGAAACGUGCUCAGAUGUGGCCAUGUGGUUUUUUCCUUUAUAUAUGUGUGGGGUUGUUUUUUGUUUUUUUGUUUUUAAGAAUGCAGCCAGUUGCUUACUUGGAUUGCUUUAAUUCGUAAGUGCUUAUGUCUUCAAUUUGAUGAUCUCCCCGCAAAUGGAUUGAUUUAAUUUUGCCAAAUGUCAAGGGAAAAAAAAAAAAAAAUGAAGGCAAACAUCAAGUUUGUAAACUGUUUUUAUACAUUAAAAUAUGUACAAAAUUAGAAGUGCCCUGAUAUAAAACACUUAAUCUUGAGAUUAUAUUUAGUAAAAACCCAUCAUUUACAUAUCUCUGUAAGUUCAAAAUGUAACUUCUUACAAUCCCUCUCAUUACCAACAGAGGCAAUAAAGCUCCAGUGAAAUUGC